AUCUAACCACAGUAGUCAAUACGGAGCUCGCCUACUGCUAAGCGAAACCGUCCUUGUGUUUGGUGAUACGCGGUGUCGUCCGCUACCAAAAAAUCAACAGAACCCUACCUCGUUGUCAACACACAACAGCUCCGCGUCUACGAUGACUCCGCCGGCGACUGCGUUCGCAGCUGGUUCAACUGAGCCAUCCCGUGCUGCGGGGCAGCUCCGGAUCUACUCGAUGCGUUUCUGCCCAUUUGCCUCGCGUUCACUCCUCGUUCUCCUCGCGAAAGAAAUUCCCCACGAGGUGGUUAAUAUCAAUCUGGCAUCAAAACCGGAGUGGUAUCUUGGCAAGUCACCAUCAGGAAAGGUCCCUCUUCUUGAAAACGACGGAGUUCUCCUACCGGAGUCCAUGGUUAUUUCAGAGUACUUGGAUGAGACAUGCAGUGGUCGCAAGCUCCUUCCUCAAGACCCGUACAAAAAAGCUCUAGACAAAGUCUUUCUCGAGUCGUUUGUUUUCUCCCCCAUUUUCAAGGUGUAUUUUAAUAAAGAGCAGUAUGCUGAAGGAUUUGACGCAUUCUGGUCGAAUGCAGCAGUCGUCGAAGACGAACUUAAGAAAAGGGGCAUGAAAUUUCUUGGAGGUAAUGAUAAGCCAGGAUUUACAGAUCUCAUGAUCUGGCCGUUCUUCCAGAUCGCAAUUGGACUGACUACCCUCUACGCAGAUCUGAAAAUUCCUAGGGAAAAGUAUCCUCUCAUUGCAUCCUGGAUAGAUUCAAUGUCGUCUACCCCCGAAGUGAUGAAACUCGUGAACCAGGAUCAUCUCGCUGAGUACAUGAGACUGAAAAUUGCGGGAAACGCCAAUUACGAUCUUGGUCUUUAACACUGCUACACUACCAAGAAACAUACACUCGGAUACGUCUUAUCUUCGUCUACUUUCGUGCAUUCUAACUACUUUCUUACAUAUGCGUAUAAUCAAGAAAAAAGAAUAAAACUUUCGACUCUAUAUCGUAAUCUA